CUCCUGGUAGCAGACAUCAUGCCAGCAUCUUCCGAUGGAAUGCCAAUCCUAUCUCUAUACCUACUUAUGAGCAUGGCGUUGGUCGUAUUGGCGGUCAUCUUCUCAGCCUUUGUCAUGAAAAUACAUGCUGCAACCGGGGAGGUCCACGGAUGGACAAGGAAGAUUUUUAUUGAUUUUCUUCCUCGUUACCUGUUUUUUAAUUUACCAACCGGAAGUAAAGAGAGACGAAGGGUACCAUCAUACGAACCAAACUACGUACAUAUGCCUGGCUUCACCCCUCGGAUCCAGAAGCAGCGUUCUUCUGACUCGAGACACGAAGCCGAUAAUUCGAUGAAGUCAAAAGACACGGAUGUAUUUAUUCAAGAAGGAUGCGAUGCCGCCAAAGUUCAGCACUACAUAAUAUCGACACACGUGUUGAAAAGAUUGGAUAUGAUAAUUGAAGAAUUAAAGCAGGCAACAAAUGAUACGGAUGGAGAGAGUGACUGGAAAAUGGUUGCCAACGUUCUCAACAGACUCUUGUUAAUUGUCUUUUUCAUACUGUUCCUUGCAUGUACAAUGUGGUUAGUAACGUGAAUCGUUAACAGGACGACCAGCCAAGUAUUGGUGUAUCACGAACUAAUUCUAGUGAGCAGAAUACGUCGUAUGAUCAGACAAAGAAAUCUUAAUUCAAGCUACAUUUGAUCGUAGUGCCGC